AUGGCUUUCACUCCAAACUCAAUGGACCAAAGUAGAAAAUAUCAUGUCUUUGAUGAUAGUUAUUAUGAGAAAGAAAUCAAAUCCUUGGAUAUAUUUAACUCUUAUGCCGAAAAUAAUAUCAAUUUAUUUUUGAUCAUUUUAAUCAUAUUAAUUUAA